GGACUGAGGACUAGAGUAGAGAGAGUAGACUGGAUCACUGUAUUACAAUGAUGAUGCUUCUUUUGAUCCUGAUUGGACCAUUGUAUCUUAUAAGUCCCAUCAUCUCACAACCGGAAUCACUGGACACAUUGUCUCAACACAAAAUCCUGCCUCUUGACUGCCAAGACUUGUGGGACAAAGGUUUUCGGUCUGAUGGUGAAUAUCUCAUUUACCCCCGAGGCCCCCAGCACCCUCUACCUGUAUACUGUGACAUGACAACCAAUGGGAUGCCCUGGACGGUAUUUCAGAAGAGGUUUGAUGGCUCCAUUGACUUCAACCAAAACUGGCAAGACUAUGUGACAGGAUUUGGAAAUGCGGAUCGGGAAUACUGGCUGGGGCUGCAGAACAUCCAGCGCCUGACCAUGACUGGUCGGUAUGAACUGAUGGUGGAACUGGAAAGGUUUGAUGAGCAAAAAGUCUACGCCCUAUACUCCAACUUCAGCCUGUCGCCCCAUGCACUGAAUGCAGAGCAUGAUGGAUACAAGCUGUAUUUCGAUGGAUUUAUAGAUGGUGGCGCAGGAGACUCACUGACUGCACACAUGGGACAGAAGUUCUCCACUUAUGACAAUGACCAAGCCAACGAUUUUCAGAACUGUGCCGAGUACUGGGGGGGCGGUUUCUGGUAUUAUCCCAAUGGCUGUGCCGAUGCUGGACUCAAUGCACGCUACAUCACACCCAACACGUUGAAGACUCCGCAAAAUGGCUUCUCCUGGGUGACAUGGGUCGAAUACCCAGAAACCCUCAAGGCAAGUCAGAUGAUGAUGAGGAGGCUUUAAAUUAUGGGCCUGGGCCUCAGUUUCUCUCUGUUCCAAGAGGACAAUCAGUAAUAAACCACCAAGCAUUGCACCGUGUGUAACACAGGGUAUUGCUGUGUAUGAAUGUUGUGUCAACCCAAAUGCAAAAUUUGAUCCAGGUGUAGCAACCCAUAGCAACCACUCAGAUUUCCAUAAAUGCUACCAAGCACACUUGGUUACUAUGGGUUUCUAGGCUUGGAUCAAACUUGUUACCCAAGGGUUAAUGAACUCAUCGUGUACCAAAAGCUUCUUCUAUGUUUGGUGACUUAUUAAAAAGACAUACCGA